UCAGGAAUUGACGAGACAAAAAGUGUAUAGUCCGUCAAUGUUAAUUUAGAGGGGAAGAAACUUCUUGGAAGCGACCUUCACCAGACACGAUAGCAAAUCCACUGUCAAACUCAAGCUACGCCCAUAGUUUGGGGUCACCGCAGAGAAAGCUAAUUGCAUCAUUGCAUGGAAUAGCUUUACCUACCCAAAACCCCCCUCCCUCUCUCUUUCUCUCUCUGCGCUAAGUGUUCUUCACGAGAUUGUUGUGAAUAAUAAAAGGCCAUGGGAGGGAGAAGUUCAAAAAGGGCAUGUAGCCGGUCUUCAUCGUACGAAUCUAGUUCACGUUCAUGGAAUCAUCAUGGCUAUCCAUCGUAUCCUCAACCAAGCCAAACCUAUGCUCCGCCACCUCCACCUGAAAGCUAUGGUGGUUGGGCUCCUGAUCCAAGAAGGAAGCUCGAGAGGAAAUUCUCAAGAAUAGAUGACAAUUUCAUCAGCCUGGAACAGGUUACUGAUGCUUUAGCAAGGGCUGGCCUAGAAUCUUCAAAUCUUAUUGUUGGUAUUGAUUUCACCAAGAGUAAUGAGUGGACAGGUGCAAGGUCGUUCCACCGGAGAAGCUUGCAUCACAUUGGGGAUGUACCAAAUCCUUAUGAACAAGCAAUUUCAAUUAUUGGAAAAACUUUGUCGACCUUUGAUGAGGAUAACUUAAUUCCUUGUUUUGGAUUUGGAGACGCACGUACACAUGACCAGGAAGUCUUCAGUUUUUAUCCAGAUGGGGAAUUCUGCAAUGGAUUUGAGGAAGUGUUGAGACGGUAUAGAGAACUAGUCCCUCAGCUGCGACUUGCAGGGCCAACAUCGUUUGAUCCUAUAAUUGAAAUGGCCAUCACCAUUGUUGAGAACAGUGGUGGCCAGUACCAUGUUUUAUUGAUAAUAGCUGAUGGACAGGUUACCAGAAGUGUUGAUACAAACCAUGGCCACCUAAGCCCUCAGGAAAAGAGAACCGUUGAGGCAAUUGUGAAAGCAAGUGAAUAUCCCUUGUCAAUAAUUUUAGUAGGGGUUGGUGAUGGACCAUGGGACAUGAUGAGGGAAUUUGAUGAUAACAUCCCUUCUCGGGCCUUUGAUAAUUUCCAGUUUGUGAAUUUUACAGAUAUUAUGUUGAAGAAUAUGGACCGACCCAGGAAAGAGGCUGCCUUUGCUCUUGCAGCUCUGAUGGAAAUACCUUCUCAGUAUAAAGCGACAUUAGAGCUUGACUUACUGGGUAAUACUAGAGGGAAGUGUAUAGACAGGAUUCCCCUACCCCCUCCUUGCUAUGACUCAGGUUCUUUCAGCACACCGAAACAUCCACAGCCCCGCAGUUUCCGCUCCAGUGCCCCUUCUUCUUCUGGAUAUGAUUCAGCCAUUGGAACAGAAAAUUCUGCUUCUGAUAGCCGCAUUUGCCCAAUCUGCCUGACCGAUCCGAAGAACAUGGCCUUCAACUGUGGACAUCAGACCUGCUGUGAAUGCGGGCAAGACCUUGAGUUGUGCCCCAUCUGUCGAAGCACCAUCCAUACCAGGAUAAGGCUCUACUAAGCAAAGGUUCAUUAUUGCUGCUACUGAAAGUUCUUAAGACUUAAGCUUUGCUGCUGUUGGAUUUCAUAGAAUGCUGCAAGAAAUGUCUUUCCAUCUGGGAACUUGGGUGGUGAUUAGGUCUUGUGUUCUGUACAUAAUUCACUCUAUAGAUCCAUCUCAAGUUUUGUUCGGGUAAUAUGUCUGUCUACUGAUGAGCUCUGUAAAUGUAAUAAAUAUUUUAAAAUAUUUAUUAGUAAUUAAGAGAUAGUACUAUUAUUUUUUGGGGGGU